AUCCCAUCGGCGGGCCGCGUUAAAAACCGUUAGAAAAUCAACACCAUUUUUCGGUUUCCACGGAAAUAUAAUUUACAAUUAAAAAACCACUAAAAAUGUCGCUGUGCGAAUCCUCCGACGGUGAAAUCCAAUCCGACGACGAGGUUCAAGAGACGAACCCAAAUUUAGAAGAAGGUGAAUUGGAAACCGUUGCCACGGCAACGACCAAGACGACGACGAAGGAAGAACAGGACUCGCUGGAAGAAGGCGAAGUCUCGGAGGAUGAACAACCCGCACAGAUUUCCGUUUGUAGGUUUUUCGGGAAGGGCUUGUGUACUUGGGGGCAGUCGUGCAGAUUCCUCCACCCGGGAGUUAAUGAUAAAGGAUUGUACACAAUGUUUGAGCCGUUGCCACGCCCCCCGCCCCCAUCGCCCCACCCACCACAACAGCAGCAGCAGCAACAACAAAAACAAGGUCUCCUUGGUGAUUUCCCCACAAAUAAUCAGCCAAUUAUGCAUGUGGCUCCCGUUGCCGUGGGACCCGAGUCCGCUUGGGAGAGGGGGCUCAGGCAUGCCAAGGAGAUAAUAAAGCAGAGCGUGAAACGCAAAGAGACGGACGUGGAUUUUGAGGAAAAGAAAAUGAAUCUGAGUCUCGCGCAGGAGGAAAUCGACAAGGAAAAUGAUUAUUUCGUUGUUAGGAAACCCAUGGGUUGCCAUGGCAACAACGAGAGUAACCAUGACAACGGGAAAAUUAAUCACGAGGAAGAUGAAGAGAAUGACGAGGAGAAAAUUUUACUAAUUCAACAAAAAAGACAAAAAGCGGCGGAGGCGGCGGCGCAAGCGCAAGCGGCGAGUUUUUCUAAUAAAAUUGAUGCGGAUUUCGUGAGGAGGGAGGUGCACCAUGUUGUAAAAAAGAAACCAUGGAAACCAGAGGCAAAAUCCCGGUCGCGCUCGGUCUCCACGAGCUCCUCCUCCUCCAAGAGCAGUGGGGGCGGCGGGGGGAGCAAAAGCAGCGGGAGCAGUCGGCGCGUCAUGAGAAAAGCACCCCCGCGAGAAUUAUCUCCUGAAAUUGGACAUGUCCGCAUAGCGCCACCCCCACCGGAGGAUUUCCGUAGAUUGCAAAUGCCUCAAAGGCCUCCCUUCGGGCGGUAUCCAAGAUUCCCACCACACCACCCGCACCCCGGCGCGCCCUCUUCCCGUCUCCUCCACCCCCCAUACUACCCCCCGCGCCACCAUCACCCCGGAUACUACCACCGUAACACGACCCCACCCCCUACGCGCUCCGCGCCCCCACAAGAACCUCCCAUAACCCCCCAAAAAUCCCCCCCAAACCAACCCCCCUCCUCGCGCUACUAUCGAUCAAAAUUCCAGCGGCGCUCUAGCUCCUCCUCUUCCUCGUCCUCCUCAACAACGACGACCUCGACGCGGUCACGGUCAAAAUCGCCCCCCGCGAAACAACCCCCGCCGCGCUACCGGAGAAACCGGUCCUCCUCGAGUUCAUCGUCUUCUUAUGGAAAAAGGCGCUCGUUGCUAAGGAAGCGCGGCGCGUCGUCCGACUCUUCAUCAGACUCCUCUUCAUCCUUAGACACGAGUCACAUUGGGCGCUUAGCCGCGGGGGGCGCGGCGCGCAGAACAGCGCCCGUGUUGACAAGCGGCGGCGGGAAAUCAAAAUCGAAAUCUCCCCCCGCGCCACAAUCCGCAAAGUUCGCGGAAAAACCCGCUCCGCCAGAACCCAAGAGGAUAAAACUAACGAUCGACAAGAAGAACAAUUUCACCGUGAAAAACGACGUUGUCGUGGAAAAACUGGCCGAUUUCGAUUUGGAAAAAGAAGAAGUCGUCGAAGCGAUUGAACAGCAACCACUCCCCCAACAACAACCCCGCGCGUCGGAGGACACGAAAUCCCGUCGCGAAGAACUAAUGAAACAACUCCGCGCCGUCGAAGAAGCGAUAUUGAAAAAACGUGCGAAAAUUGAAAAGUAACUAAUCCAGCGAUUGAUACGUCGCUUUCACCCCCUGAAAAAAUUUUUUUAUAUAAAUAAAUUAAUAAUUU